ACUUUUGCUGGAGCUUUCAGAAGUGCAGUUUUUAAUUUGUUGGACAGUUUAUACUUGUACUAAAAGUUAAGCAGUUAGAUGCAAAACACAGUUGUAUUUUUGAACUUUGGUAGAGGUGUGUAUAAACAGUUUUGUGCAGUUGGAUAAUAAAUAAGUUACAUUCAUUCAUUUAAUGUUAUGUAACUUAUAUUAUUUUGGCAGUUGUUUUACCACGGCUGUACUUUUAAACACCUUGUGUCCUCUUACGAGUUACCACAUAACUAUGUGGGUGUUUAUCACUUUUACUGCAUUGCUGACAAUUUAGACAACCCAUAGAAGCCAGUGUGUUGCAACACUGGUCGUAAAGUGAUGUGUGCCUAUGUAUCGAGUAAUUUCUUGCCGAAUAACUACACAAUGAACAUAAAUGUACAUGUGAAUACCCAACCGCCGCCGUCUUCAAAGCCAGGUUUAGCGGAAAGCCCUGUACUUGUCGGUGUUGGGGUCGUAUUAAUAUUUUUGUCUUGUGUAUUGUACCAUCUCUGCUAUAAACGAUUUUGCGCGGCCUAUUCAGCAGAUCAGGCGCGAAGGUACGAAGCAACUGCUGGAUUAGUUAGCAGUCAAGCGCGACUUACAACACCAAAUCAAGGAGAAAACAACCGGGGACAUUGUACGCCGGACAAUUCAAGUUUACCUGAAUAUUCUGACUUACCACCAAGCUACAUGGAUGUACUGGUUAAAAUAAGCGACGCUGAAAGCCAGACAGAUUUGCCUCCGCCGCCUUAUGAAGAAUCGAAAAGUACGAUGCAAACCGUUGUGUAGUAUUUUUUAUUACUUAAAAAAAGCAUUAUUACAUUUUUAGUUCAAUAUUUUUUAUCGUACAAGAUACAAAUAAAAAGUACAAAACAAAUAUGUGUCGUUUAUGACAAGCACUUAAAUGAGGCUAAAUAUAUACAAACCUUUCAUAUGCAAUGCUUUGUAGAAUACUGAAGCCUAAAAUGUAAAUAUAUACUUAAAAAGUUCAAAUGCACAAGAUUUAUCAACAUGGUGCUGUCAUAAUUUAGCGACAAGCAUAAUUAAAGCAUAAAGAUCAAUUAAGGUCACGAUAAAUAUUGCCUGACGGGCAUGCUAAGUUGCAAAACAAACAAAAUUAUUAUCGAGUCAAUUGAUAAAUGAGUUUGUUUAACAACAAGUUUAAAAAGAUACUUAUACAGCCAGGUUUGUACAGUUUACAGUCAGCAGCGAUUUAUAAUAAAUAUGCAGGACCAGUUGCAUAUCAAUUCGACAGUUAGUGUCAAAAAUAAUGUGGCAAGCCUUGGGAAUUAUGGAAAACGUACAAGUUUUUUAUGGAGUGUAAUGGCUGACCGACAAAACAUUUCUGCAGCUUUAAAACAGGAGGCGUCAGUACACAUAGUGCUUGCAUUUGCUGGUGCAGUCUUCGUGUUUGUAAUUAUCUUUUUACUUUACGUAAAGUGCUGGAAGCGAGGGAAUGAUAUUAACAGCACUGCUGCUGGUAACGGAAAUUCACUUUCCCAAAGCGUGAGGGUUUGUGUUGAUCUGCCGCCCACGUACGAUGAAGUCAUGUCAGAUUUUGGGAGAAGGACAUACACUGGGCCAAAGGCAAACAAAUCACUCUUAACCUCUAAGCCACAAAACAGUUGAAUUUUUUUAUUAUUGCUUUCUAAUUGGCCCAUAUUACCUUUUUAUCUUUGUUACCUUUUGUAUAAGUUUUACUUACUAAAUAAAAUUCGUUGUUUU